UAGAUAUUUUUUAGUAAGAACGGCUAAUCUUCAUGCAGUGUCUUCUUCUACUCUUUGGUUUUAAUUCAUUAAAAUUAUCUGUGAUAUAAAUAAUGAUUGAAUUAACUGCUAAUUGUGUCUUCCUUUUAGAUAUUGAAGGAACAACGACGUCAAUUUCGUAUGUUACAGAUGUUCUGUUUCCAUACGCUUUAAACAAUCUUGAAAGCCAUCUAGAAUCAAAUUGGUCUAGUAAACAACUUCUUGAGGAUAUUGAUUUGCUUAAACAGCAAUCCUUAAUUGAUGUGACCAAUGGAUUGAUCGAUAAACCAUUACCUGAUAAUAUUGACGAUCUUCAAUUCAAAAGUCAACUGGUCAGCUAUGUUAAAAAAUUGAUCGAUGGCGAUGUCAAGUGUACCGCUCUUAAAAAAUUGCAGGGACACAUUUGGAAAGAUGGAUUUGAAUCUGGUUUGAUCAGAGGACAUGUUUACGAUGAUGUGCCUAAAGCUUUGGAAAGAUGGGCAAAUAAGUUCAAUUGUGAUAUAUAUAUUUAUUCAUCUGGAAGUAUCGAAGCUCAGAAACUGCAUUUUGGGAACACCAUUCAUGGUAAUUUACUUCCGCAAAUCAAGGGCCACUUUGAUACGACGACUGGACCAAAACAAGAUCCCAAAAGUUAUACAAAAAUUGUGGAAGCAAUAAAACGUAACCCAGGGGAUGUUACUUUCCUCACUGAUAUUCCUCAAGAAGCCAUUGCUGCCCGCUCUGCUGGUCUAACUUCAAUCAUUGUCUGUCGCCCAGGAAAUAAAGAAAUUGAUUCUUCUACUAAAGAAAUGUUUCCCACAAUUAAAUCAUUUGAUGAAAUCGAAAUCAAAAUUAAAUGAUGGAAAUCGAAAUCGAUUAAUAACUCUGCUUGGUUGGUGUCAAUUCACUUUUGCUUUUAUUUUAUCGUAAAAUAAGAGGAAAUCUACUGAAUCCUUGGUUUCUAGUCCACCGUUUCACUGGUCACGUCCAUAUUCAUCGUAAAUCAAUCCAUUUUUAGUGUAAUGAUCGCCAACUUCAUCAAUCGUUAUUGCUUCCAUCAUAAAAUUAUCCACUGGACAAAUUUCCUUUCCUCUUAGUUAAUAUUUAUAUCAUUUUCGUGAUAUUCUAAAUGUCUACCUGAUAUCUUAAAUCAAAAUAAGACUAGUUAAUUUUUCCUUAUUCCUGGAAGAGCUUCAGUAAUCAUUCCAUUUCAAAAAUAUGCUGGUUUGUGAUAAUUUCAAAAAUCAUCAAAUGGGUCGCCUAUUCAUGUAAAACUUGCUUCUCAUGAACAUUAUGGGAAUGAAUUCUAUUUUUAUCAAUGUCUGAUGACCAUCAAGAUUGGCAGUGAAAUUUAAGGAACUACCUGUUCGGAAAUUAAUCAAUUGUCAUCUACAAUUACCUGCAAUGUUAUUUCCUUUAAUUUUAGAAUGGAACUUUAUUUCCCAAUCAAUUGAAUUUGAAAUGCUUGGGAAAUUAAGGGUCACAAAAAAAGGAAAUUAUUAAAUUUAGUUACAAUUAUUUCGUACAA